AUGGCAGACUCAAUACACAAGGCAGUCAUGGACAAGAAGCCUGUCCCAGAGAUAGACUUCACCCUACACAUCAUGGAAGAUGGCACUCAAGUCAGCACCCAAGAACGGGUCUGCAAAGAUGUCCAAGCCCCUGCAAUGCAACCUCCUACCAAUGAUCAAUUUUGGAGUCCUAAUGAUCGCUCGAAGCCCAAUCUUGCCUUUCUCAAGCAGCAUUUUGGUAGAGAAGGUCGUCUGACCGAAGAACAAGCCCUCUGGAUCAUCAACGAAGGUGCCCAAGUCCUCAAGGCCGAACCCAAUCUGUUGGAGAUGGAUGCGCCUAUCACAGUCUGUGGCGAUGUUCACGGCCAGUACUUUGAUCUCAUGAAGCUGUUCGAAGUCGGUGGAGACCCGUCCGAAACUCGUUACUUGUUUCUGGGAGAUUAUGUGGACAGGGGCUAUUUCAGCAUCGAGUGCGUCCUAUACCUAUGGUCAUUGAAAAUCUGGUACCCGAACUCCCUCUGGCUUCUCCGUGGAAAUCACGAGUGCCGACAUUUGACCGAUUACUUCACCUUCAAGCUGGAAUGCAAGCACAAAUACUCCGAGAAGGUAUAUGAGGCAUGCAUGGAUGCGUUUUGCGCAUUGCCUUUGGCAGCAGUGAUGAACAAACAAUUCUUGUGUAUACACGGUGGACUGAGCCCAGAGUUACAUACAUUGGAGGACAUCAAGAGUAUUGAUCGAUUCCGCGAACCCCCUACCCACGGAUUGAUGUGCGAUAUCCUCUGGGCGGAUCCAUUGGAAGAGUUUGGACAAGAGAAGACAGGAGAAUACUUUGUGCACAAUCAUGUCAGAGGGUGCUCUUACUUCUUCUCCUAUCCAGCCGCCUGCAAUUUUCUGGAGAAGAACAACUUGCUUUCCGUCAUCCGAGCGCAUGAAGCUCAGGACGCAGGCUAUCGUAUGUAUCGCAAGACUCGGACCACUGGAUUUCCCAGUGUGAUGACCAUCUUCAGCGCACCCAACUACCUUGACGUUUACAACAAUAAAGCUGCGGUUCUGAAAUAUGAGAACAACGUGAUGAACAUCCGACAGUUCAACUGCACUCCUCAUCCUUACUGGCUCCCGAACUUCAUGGAUGUCUUCACCUGGUCACUACCAUUCGUGGGGGAGAAAAUCACCGACAUGCUCAUCGCCAUUCUGAACACCGCUUCCAAGGAAGAACUCGAGGAUGAUGCCCGAAGCUCGAGCAUCGGACCAGAAACACCCCCACUUGAUAAUCCAGAGACUACAGAGGCCAAACGACGAGCCAUCAAGAACAAGAUCUUGGCGAUUGGACGUCUUUCAAGAGUUUUCCAGGUCCUACGAGAGGAAUCCGAACGUGUCACCGAACUCAAGACACAAGCUGGUGGUCGUUUGCCAGCGGGUACUUUGAUGCUGGGCGCUGAAGGUAUCAAGCAAGCCAUUCACAACUUUGAAGAUGCGCGAAAAGUCGAUCUUCAAAACGAGAGACUUCCUCCUUCGCCCGAAGAAAUUGAGAAAAUCAGUGCUGAAGAUAGGCGAGCGGCCUUGGAGCGUGCUGCCACCGAGGCUGACAAUGACACCAAUCUGCAGGGUGUGGCGCGAAGAAUCAGCGUGUAA